AGUUAUCUGUCAAGUAUUACACAGUAUAAUUUCGUUUUCACAUAAAUACGAGGCAAAUGUAUUUUUUUCAGGUCAGUAUAAGUCGUACAGAAUUCUGGUCGGUAAUUAUAGCUCUCAAACAAAUCUUAUAUUCACUGACAAUGGGUAUGGAGACAAACAAGCUUAUAACCCUAAAUCAAGAAACUUCACGAGACCCUUCCUUGGUAGUGCUGUAAAAGUUGAAAGAUCUGCCAAAAUUCUGGUUAUUUGUGAAUUUGAAGUAUUUGCAGAAUGUCCCCUUGGAAGAUGUGGUUGGGAGUGUAACGAAACAUGUAUGUGCAGCAGUCAGACAACUGGGCAACACAAGAUUGAGGGCAUAUGUCCGUACGGAUGUAGCGGAAGAUGGAGUGGCUUAAACGGAACGUGUAAUAUCGAAUGUUCCGAUAUGACAUGGGGACCAUAUUGUAAUCAAACCUGUGGUCAGUGCAAGAACAACGAUCUAUGCAGUAUAUCUGACGGCAGUUGUCCAGAUUCUUGCAAGCCUGGAUUUAUUCCUCCUUUAUGUGUACAUGAAUGCAAUGAUGGGAACUUUGGAGAAGACUGCAACUUUACAUGUGGACAAUGCAAGCAUGAUGCUGCGUGUAACAAAGAAAACGGCAGAUGUGUUUCUGGAUGCAAGCCUGGAUACAAAUUGCCAUUAUGUACUGAAACAUGUGAACAAGGAUGGUAUGGCGUUAACUGUUCUGAACAAUGCGGAAGCUGUAAAGACGGUGAAACUUGUAACAAUACGAAUGGUGAAUGUACUAGAGGAUGUAGUCCAGGAUGGUCAACCUCAAAGUGCAAUAAAUUAUGUGGACACGGACGGUAUGGCAGUGACUGUUCUGAACAAUGCGGAAGCUGUAAAGAUGGUGAAACUUGUAACAACACGAAUGGUGAAUGUGCUAGAGGAUGUAAUCCAGGAUGGCUAACCUCAAUGUGCAAUAUACAAUGUUCCAAUAGCCAAUGGGGACCGAAUUGUGAAUCGACAUGUGGACAUUGUUUAAACGCGACUUGCAGUAUAUACACAGGAAGCUGCCCUGGGACAUGUCAGUCAGGAUGGAUUCCUCCGCAUUGUUUAUACGCACAAGAAAACGAGCAGCCGUCAUUUACUGUGGGCAUUAUCAUCGGUUUUGUUGCUGCUGUUUUUGUAAUCGGACUGGCUCUCAUUAUUGGUGUUAUCAUCAUUCUGAAAAGGAGAAAGAUAAGAAAGGCAAACCAAAAUGUCUCUUCAAAUCAAGAUUCUCGUAGUGGAGCUCGAGGUGAAAGCGAGUACAACACGUUAGAUCCUAACCGCGUGGACGGAAACCAGGAGAUGUGCUACUCCGAACUUAGAAAUUAUGAAAAUGUAGCUGAAUAAAUAGACGGAAGACGAAUAUAUAAUCCAGAUGAAACAGUGUCCCGUGCAUAAUGAUAUCUAUUUUUAUAUUAUGAUUAGUUUCAACAAUGUUUAUUUCAUUAUAUACAUACAUACAUUUUCAUAACUAACAACAAUGAGGAAAGUCAAAAAACUUUUGUAAAUCAUUUUCACGCACGUAAAUCAAAAGAUAUCAUACUAUAAUAUUAACAACACAUACUUAUUUUUUACUCUUAUUUAAUAUAAUAUAUUUUAGGACCAAAUGAAUAAAGUUCACAGAACCUAAAUAUGUGCUGAACAUAGUAAGACAAAAAUCUAUAACUGAAGUAGCAUAAAGUUAUUUCUAAAACAAAAAUUCAUUUCUACAGACGUAUGCGGUAGGGAACGAAACGUAAUAGUAGAAGUAGAAGUUCAUUGUGAUGGUCAUUGUUUUGUUAGAGAUACACGACAAUUUUCGUUGUUAAUGAGGUUUUUGCCAUGUCAUGUAAGAUCGACUAUAUUUGUUCAAAACUGUUCAGAGUUGGAUAUGUAUUCAUGCACACAUUUGAAUAUUUUGGCAGUUGUGUCACAGCUUAGACCGGAAUCCCAGAAGUGUAAGGUCGAUAUAGGCUAUAAAUAGUAGAGGCCCAAGUAAUGAGCCUUGUGGUACCCUAGCAUGUAUAUUUGGUAAGGUUGAAGUUUGUGUGUAAGACCUCUGUGCUAGACCCGGGAGAAAGAGCUUCAGUACUUCAAAGAACACUACGCGAACUUCUUUACCUUUGUUAAGAGCUUGACAAACAGUACGAUAAUUUGAAGACAGUUGGUUAAUAGUUGAGUCAUUAUAGACAAAGCAAGAUUGAAGAGAAGUGAUAGUGUUCUGAGCAACAAAGAAGUUAAAGGCAUGUUUAUGAGUUUUUUUAUCACCUUACUGACAGUGCUUAGAAGUGAUAUGUGUGCGUAAUUAGAACUUUCAUGGGUAUCAUUUUUAUAUACAGCACAUUCAUUGGGUAUUUACCACUAUGAGGGAACCCUUCAACACUGUAGCCAGUGGUUAAAUGGAAUGCGGAGAGGUUUAGAUGGCAAUAGCGACAGCUACUUUAAGAUUCUAUUAUUGGUAUUGUCUUGGCAUACCGCUUUCCCUAAUUUAAGUGAUACAAGAAUCGAUGAGACUUGAAGGGGCGUUAUAAUUAUGUUUUCUAAACUA